GGAAAUGGUGAGCGUGCGCCGGGGGCUUGUGGCUGGCGGCCGCCCACCACCCCACGCCAGGCCUUCAGUCCUCCGAGGAUGAAGGGAUCUCAGAGCUCCGGACAGGGAAUCGGUGGUGGCUGGGCGUGGCCGGGCCCGGGCCUCAGCCGACUUGAGGGUGGAACCCGGCGGCGGAGGCCUCUAGAGCUUGACCGAGGCGGCGCCGCCGGAUCCCGCUGCCCCUUGACCGGAAGCAGGAGCCCGGCCUCGGCCAGGAAGAGAUGAUGGGCGAGGGGUGGGCAGCGGCCCUGCAGCCUAGCGUUUUGGGGCCUUGGUGCGCGAUGGCGACCUUGCUAACGUUUCCCGGGAGCUCAGUUUGUGGCAGGCUCUGCCAAGCACUUUAUGUAUCUUGUAUUUCCUCUGCCUCGUCCCAGCUCUGUGAGGCAGAGGUAGAGGAGACACUGAAGCGACUGCAGAGCCAGAAGGGAGUGCAGGGAAUCAUCGUCGUGAACACAGAAGGCAUUCCCAUCAAGAGCACCAUGGACAACCCCACCACCACCCAGUAUGCCAGCCUCAUGCACAGCUUCAUCCUGAAGGCACGGAGCACCGUGCGUGACAUCGACCCCCAGAACGAUCUCACCUUCCUUCGAAUUCGCUCCAAGAAAAAUGAAAUUAUGGUUGCACCAGAUAAAGACUAUUUCCUGAUUGUGAUUCAGAAUCCAACCGAAUAAGCCACUCUCUUGGCUCCCUGUGUCAUUCCUUAAUUGAAUGCCCCCCAAGAAUGUUAAUGUCGAUCAUGUCAGUGAGCUGGCACAUGGCAGUCUCUUGGAACCCACUCAGACCAAUCCAGUGACCGUGUGUGGGCUGGCGGCUCUUCCUCCCCCACCAACGGAACCCCCGUGUGCACCAACCUUCCCCAGAGUGCUGGAGGCCCUCUCUCCUCACUGCCAGGUUUUGGAGCAAGAGCUUGCAAGAAGCCCGCACGCAGCUUCCUUCUGACCUUCAGUUCACUUUGUCGCCCUUGGAGAAAGCUGUUUUUCUUUAACUAAAAAUAACCAAAAUGCUUA